UCCACUGAUUCCUCAUCACACAAUCCUCUCUCGAUCCUUUAGCACAGAAGUAUAUUGGGUCUUUCGCACCCAUACUCUCUUGACUGAGGGUGAGUGGUGGCGCAAAUGGCUAUGGAGUUGGCCAUCCGAGCUUCAGCCACCCCGAGGCCUUCCCUUCCCUCCUCUUCCUCGCUAUCUUCCAAACCCAUAUCUUCUUCCAGACCACAUUUCAGACCCAUUUCUGUAUCUUUACCUACAUCAACAACCAUAUCACUUUUGGCUCUCUUCACUCCUCCCCGUGAAGCAAAGGCUCUCAGUCUCCCCAAGGACCAGAUAGUCUCUUCUCUCACUGAAGUGGAGAAAACAAUUGAAAAGGUUCAGGAAGUGGGUUCAAGUUUCUUGGAUAUCACAAAGCAGAUUUUUGAAGUUGUCAGAAAUGCUUUGAAGCCGGGCAUCGAAGUGGCAUUGCCAAUUGCUAAGCAGGCAGGAGAACAGGCCUUGAACAUCACUUCCCCGGCAAUUUCCGAGGCUUCAAAGAAGGCCCAAGAAGCAAUUCAAAGCUCUGGCUUCGAUACGCAGCCUGCUCUGACUGCUGCAAAGACGGUCGUAGAUGCAGCGCAGCAGACCACAAAGGUAAUUGAAGCGGCCAAGCCUAUAGCUUCAUCAACUGUUGAAACCAUCUCGUCUGCAGAGCCUAUUGUGAUUGUAGGAACUGCUGGAGCAUUAUUUCUUGCUUACUUUCUUAUUCCUCCCAUCUGGUCUACCAUCUCUUAUAGCCUUCGUGGUUAUAAAGGUGAGCUUACUCCUGCUCAAGCUCUUGAUCUAAUUUCUACACAAAACCACCUUAUGAUCGAUAUUAGAUCAGAGAAAGACAAGGACAAGGCUGGUAUUCCUCGUCUUCCCUCUAGUGCUAAGAACAGAUUGAUUGCAAUCCCUUUGGAGGAAUUACCAAGCAAGCUAAGAGGUCUUGUCAGAAAUGUAAAGAAAGUGGAAGCAGAAAUGGCUGCUUUGAAGAUUUCUUACCUCAAGAAAAUUAACAAAGGUUCCAACAUCGUGAUCUUGGACUCGUACUCUGACUCAGCAAAAACAGUUGCGAAAGCACUAACAACCCUUGGUUUUAAGAACUGCUGGAUUGUAGCUGGUGGGUUUUCUGGAAGCAGAGGAUGGUUACAGAGUCAGUUAGGAACAGAUUCAUAUAACUUCUCUUUUGUGGAGGUCUUCUCACCAUCCCGAGUUAUCCCUGCUGCAGUCGGACGUUUUGGCACAACCGGCUCGAAUAAGAGAAAACUACUUCCCGGAGCCGAUUGACAAAUUUAUUUUUGUUCCUUUUUUCAAGCUUCUGUGGUAUAAAAAUUAUCCUGAUGUGCAUAAAUGGUUUAGAUUAGACUUCUCUGGAAUAAUUUCUUGUAAUUCUUUGAUCAAUGUCAAUCCAUUGGUUGUUUGUUGUUUUGGUCA